UUAUAAGAGUUGUUUAUUCUGAUUUCUGACAACACUGCCGCCGCUUGGAUUCGAGUUUUUGACGCCUCAAGAUCGCUCAUUCGCUGAUCCUUCGCCAUGGAAUCGGAGCACUCCGUCGUCCUCGCAUGGGGAUCGGGCGAGGAUGGGCAACUUGGGAUGGGGGAUUGGGAAGAGAAGGACUGGGUUCACAGCAUCACGUCCCUCGAGCCCAAGAAGGUCGUAGCUGUCGUCGCCGGCAGUCGCAACUCCCUCGCCAUCUGCGACAACGGCCAACUCUACACAUGGGGAUGGAAUCAAAGGGGAACUCUGGGCCAUCCUCCGGAGAAGAAGACGGAGAGCGUCCCGAGCCUCGUCGAUGCCCUAUCCGGUGUAAAGAUAGUUCAGGCCGCAAUUGGUGGUUGGCAUUGCUUGGCUGUGGACAACGAAGGCCGGGCUUAUGCUUGGGGUGGAAAUGAGUAUGGGCAGUGUGGGGAGGAGCCAGAGAGAAAAGAAGAUGGAAGUAAGGCAUUAAGGAGGGACAUUGUAAUUCCUCAGAGGUGCGCGCCUAAGCUCUCUGUUCGGCAGGUUGCUGCUGGAGGGACACACUCGGUUGUACUAACUCAAGAUGGUCAUGUCUGGACUUGGGGGCAACCAUGGCCUCCCGGAGACAUUACACAGAUUUCAACCCCUGUACGUGUGCAAGGCCUUGAUCGUGUCAAGUUGAUUGCUGUUGGUGCAUUUCACAAUUUGGCUCUGCAAGAGGAUGGAACCUUGUGGGCAUGGGGAAAUAAUGAAUAUGGUCAGCUAGGAACUGGUGAUACUCAACCAAGAUCACAACCUGUUCCUGUUUGGGGUUUAUCUAGCCUUACUUUGGUCGACAUUGCUGCUGGUGGUUGGCAUUCAACUGCACUAACAGAUGAAGGAGAGGUAUAUGCAUGGGGAAGAGGGGAACAUGGAAGGCUUGGAUUUGGAGAUGACAAGAGUAGCAAAAUGGUUCCACAGAAAGUUCAACUAUUAGUUGGAGCAAACAUCGUCCAGGUAUCUUGUGGUGGCACUCAUUCAGUAGCAUUGACUCUCGAUGGGCGAAUGUACUCGUUUGGAAGAGGUGACCAUGGGCGCUUAGGUUAUGGGAAGAAGGUUACAACCGGCCAUCCAACGAUGGUGCCGAUCAACUUACCACCCCGGAAAGACCUCAACGACUCUGACGGUCGAUGGAGUGCUAAGCUUGUUGCUUGUGGGGGACGACACACUUUAGCAAUUGCAACUUGGGUCGAUGAACCCAACGAGUCCUGCUCAACCUGAAACUUUAGGAGUUUGAAUUCGAUGAAAAGACAUAAUUUUGUAUGAAUAAGUACAUUAUUGUAAUUAUUAGUCAUUAAUUUUACAGAGCGAAGGAUAAGAUUAUGUAGUCGAUCUUUAUGGUUAUAUCAAUGUGUUCCAUCUUAUCA